AUGGCAAACAACAACGACCAAAGCAGCGCCACGGGUGCGCCCUCAAGACAAGUCGCCAGACAAAUCAGGCAAGCCCGAGGGCAUUCCACAGGACGACCGGACGCAACAAACGCGAACCACCAAGGUGCCUUAUUUCGCAGCCCUAUCCGACCUGGCAUGGCCAGCAGCCGCUUUGCCACUUUUACAAGUGAAGACCCCUCUGAGCCCGCGCCCGAUCCAAUGGACAUUGAUCCAAUGGAGAUCGACAGCCCUCCUCCCCAACAGGCUCAGCCUGCACCAACCACCACCCUGACUCGCAUGAACGAGCAGGCUCAGAACAGUGGCAUGCACCGCCACAAGUUCUACCUCUCCAUUGGGCCUCGUCCCAUGCCAACUCUGGACCUCGACGUGCUGACCGUCGCUCGCGCUGAAGUGACUCGUCUUCGGAGAGCAGGACUGCCAGUUCUGGAGUCCCUGCCUGAGCGAUCUGGUCCGCAUCUCUACAUCCGUAUUGAUACGGACCAGGCGAGCCGUGAUCAGGCACUCGCUCGUGCCGAUCUUCGAAUGGGUAUCAUGCAGGACAUGAUACGGGACGGCUUCGGCUGGUUCUCGGGUCUGCCUUACCGCCACCCGCAUUUCGAUGUGAAGUUCCUCCGUAGUCCACGCCUCUAG